AAAAUCAUCUCUUCUUUAAAACCAAUUCAAUUAUUUUCACAUAUUGUUUAUACUCUCUCUUAUCUUCCACCACCACCACCACCACCAUGCAUCUCUUCAUCUUAUUCUCCCUUACCAUCUUCUCCCAUUUUCACACUGCAAUUGCUGCUCACAGUUGCACAGCCACCACAUCAUCUAAAACCUUCCAAAAGUGCAUGACAUUACCUACACAACAAGCCUCAAUAGCAUGGACCUUUCACAACCAUGAUUCAACACUAGACUUGGUUUUCUUUAACACAUUCAUUUCACCUUCCGGUUGGGUAGGCUUCGGUAUUAACCCUAACUCGCCGGAAAUGGCCGGAACUCGCGCCCUAAUCGCUUUUUCGGAUCCGAAUUCCGGCCAAUUAGUUGUGUUACCUUACAUUUUAGACCCAACAGUAAAGCUACAAAGAUCACCACUUCUUUCCCGGCCGUUAGAUAUCCACCUCAUAACCUCCUCCGCCACGCUCUAUGGCGGAAAAAUGGCCACCAUACAUAACGGAGCAUCCGUACAAAUAUACACAACAAUUAAACUCUCACCAAACAAAACAAAAAUCCACAUUGUAUGGAACCGUGGGUUAUACGUACAAGGUUACUCUCCGACCAUCCAUCCGACAACAUCAAACGACUUGUCGUCUGUAGCAACCAUCGAUGUCUUAUCCGGUUCAACCGCCGGUUCACAUAAGGACGAAACGAGAACAUUGAAAAUAGUUCAUGGAACCAUCAAUGGUAUAGCGUGGGGUGUGUUACUACCAACCGGGUUAGUCACGGCUAGGUAUUUGAGACACAUACAAACACUCGGACCGGCUUGGUUUUACGCGCACGCCGGCAUUCAACUGACCGGAUUCUUUUUAGGUACUAUCGGUUUCGCCAUUGGAGUUAGGCUGGGAGAAUUAUCACCGGGAGUUGUUUAUAGCUUGCAUAGGAAGUUAGGGUUUGCUGUUUAUAUCUUGGGCGCUUUGCAAACCCUAGCAUUAUUAUUUAGGCCUAAGACUACAAAUAAGUAUAGAAAAUAUUGGAAAUCUUAUCAUCAUUUUGUUGGGUAUGGAUGUGUUGUGGUUGGGAUUGUUAAUGUUUUUCAAGGAUUUGAAGUGAUGGGUGAAGGCAAAUCUUAUGCAAAAUUAGGGUAUUGUUUGUGUUUAUCAACUUUAAUUGGUGCUUCAAUUGCUUUGGAAGUAAAUUCUUGGGUUAUUUUUUGUAGAAAAUCUAAGGAGGAGAAAUUGAGAAGAGAAGGGUUGAUUAGUGGGUCUGAUAAAGGAAGUGGAAUUCAUAAUUGAUUAUUGUUCAUUUUGUAGGUUGAUGAAAUGAGUUUUUCUUUGCUUAAAAUUUGGAAUUAAUUAAUUUUCUUCUUUUUUUGAAGAGUAAUCAUUAAUGGGUUCGAACCUUAA